AUGAAGUCCUCAUCAAAUAUUCCAACCAGUGAUCCAGCCAUCAGAAAACAGAAAAAGAAGUCCAUCGCUUGCCGGAGGUGCCAUUCACACAAAAUAAAAUGCUCUGGUGGCCAGCCGUGUCUUAAAUGUCGGCAGGCUGGCUGUCCUGCCGAAUGCCACUAUGUCAAUCGAGAUCGUCAAAUUAAAGUGCACGAGAGGCUUGGCUUUCUCCAUUGCAAGGCUAAAUCUUCCAGUUAUCUUGAGGAACUGGCCGCAGAAAACCAGCGCUUGCGUAGCCAACUAUCACAAUCACCUAGUUUCCUAACGCCAAAAGAAUAUCAAGUACAUGAUGAUGAUGUACACGAACCAGAUGCAGAUACACAUGUUCGGAACCCAAUGCUCGGUGAAAGGGCAUGGUUCCUACCAUACGACCCUUCAUUACCACCGAUUCACGUCUGUGAAGCAGCAUGCACGGCAUUCGCCACCAGGCUCCGAAAAGUUCUUACCAAGAGCGAGACCACUUCUCACAUGCCUCGGACGCAAUACACGCCAGAAGCUACGUUGAUGAGAAUACGCAAUCCCGCAAUGCAAUGGCCCAGCCUGGCCCAGGCUCGACUUCUAAUUCAAAUUGUGUUCAAUCAGGUGACGCGGGUAUAUCAUCUGGUUCUUCGCAAGUCGACCAUUGACCAGCUCGAGGAGGCCUAUCGAGAGAGUAACUUUGACGAUCCCGUAUUGUCAUGUAAAUUCUUUGCUCUCUUUGCUCUUGGAGAAGUAUAUUCUGCGCGAUCAAUCCCGAGCCUUGAAUGCAACGUCCCUGGCGUGGCCUAUUAUGUGAAUGCGAUGACAAUGAUACCUAUCUUGCCGGAACGGCCGAGCCUGGCACAUAUUGAAUCGCUUUUACUUUUGUCGCUCUAUUCGUUCUUCUUGAACCGACGCCAUUCGGCAUUUCUGUUGGUCGGCAGCGCCAUGCGUCUCGGGUUGACUGUGGGUCUGAAUCACAACAUCCCAGAAAGCAAGUGCCCAGACCCCGUGCAGCGUCAGCAUCGGACCAGACUAUGGUGGGCAAUAUAUGUAUUCGACCGAAUGUACGGCUCGAAGGUCGGCUGGCCGAUUCAAAUUUCCGACGCAGACAUCUACGUUGACAUGCCAUCGAAUGUGCCUGGCGAUAUCCAUAACGAUCAUACCCCCGACACUGAAUUUCUCGUCGCUAGUAUUGAGUUGGCCAAGAUCACUGGUCAGGUCAUUGAUCGUGUGUACAGCCGAAAAGUGUUCGCGGAGUCCUUCCUGCAGCGGGAGCAAAAGCUGCUCAUCUCUCUCAAGGAGUGGAGUUGUGCUCUUCCCCACAACUUCGGCUCAGCCGCGACGUGUAUAAUGCUAGCCAGUCGGCCGGUCCUUCUGCACGCGCUGAUCCAACCUACAUCCCCAGAGUCCAUUGCAGAGGACAGUUCCCAGACGAACAUCCGCCAGACUCUAAAAACACUCAGUGAUGCGUGUAUUCACGCUGCAAGACAUACCCACUCGCUGAUCGUGGAAGAAUGGACCAACGGAUCAGUCCCAAUCUUCGGAUAUUUCUAUGCUCACUAUCUCUUUUCUUCGGCACUGAUAAUGGUUAUUUCAAGUCUGGUAUACCCCGAGAAUAGCAAUGACUUUGCAUUUUUUGAGGCAGCUUUCGAAAUUCUACGGGCGAUGAGCAGCCACGGGAAUCUCGCUGCGACCGAAUUCUAUGAUAACUUAGAAUGCGUCAAGCUGUGCUUGAAUGGGAGAAGAGGGUCAGAAGGCGGCCAUCUCCAGAAUGAGUCAUCUCGAGUUGCAGAGAGUUCGACUGACUCUCUUGCUGUCCUUGCCCCUAACCAGCUGGGGCUUUUGGGGAAUACCGCUGCCUCUGGCAUGAAUGAAUCCUCUGCCCCGACAAACCCUACGAACGAUAUGGCGUUUCUAGGAGAGAGCAUGGAAGAGUUUCUAGCCCAGCCGGACGCCGACUUUGACUUGGUCGACCCCUCGCUUACCGAUUCGGUAUACUCGUGGUCAAACCUUUCUUUGUGGACCGCAUGA